CGUCCUGGUCAAGAUAUCUUCCACCUUCCUACCCUUUUUGCCAUCAAGCUUCCCGCUGCCCGAAUUGAGAAACUCGGUUUCUGGGCUUUUAAUUCUCUCUUUCUCAUCUCAAUUCCCCACCCUUCUUCCAUUCUGAAAAUACUUACGGGCAACGUUGGGCCCGCUUGCACUGCUCCAAGCUCCUGCCCUUUCCCGCCUCCCAUUGUUUUAGCUUCAUUUUCCAUCACCCCGGCGCAAAGGACGCCUACUCAUCGCCCGAUAUGAGCACCUCUAUGCGAGACCUUAUCUCCGGCGAGGCUGAACUGGAUGACGAAGAAGGGGAUGAGUCCUAUGGAGAGGAGGAUGGCGAGCCCAGGGCGCCGAGGCCUCGAAAUGGCCGUCUAGAAGACUCAUCCGAGGAAGAGGAUGAUGACGAUGAUGAGGAAGAAGCCGCCAAGAUCCGUGAAGGCUUCAUCGUUGACGAGGACGAAGAGGAAGACGAGGAAGAAGAAGAGGCCGACGUCCAAGAACGAGCAUCCAAGAGAAAAAGAGAGCAUCGCGUCCGAGAAGAGGAAGAGCAGUUAGACGAAGAAGACUUGGAACUGAUUGGAGAACAAAUCGAGGGACGAGCUCCAUCAGAGCCCAAAUUCAAGCGUCUUAAGCGGGGCCAUCGAGACGACAGCGCCCGACCGACCCAACGCCGCGGCCUCGAAGAUAUGUUUUCCGACGACGAAGAUGAAGCCGGCGAACGCCACUACGGUCGACAGAGCUACCGUGCCCAGGCUGACGAGUUUGAUGACUUCAUCGAAGAGGACUUCCCCGAAGAUGAACAAGAGCGCAUGCAACGACUCGAGGACGCCGAAGUUGCCCGUCCCCGCGACAAGGGCGUCUCGAGCGUCGUCGAUACCACGGGUCUCGACAAGGAUGCCCUGGAAGAUUUCGAGGCCAUCUUCGGAAACGGCGAGGACUACGAAUGGGCUUUACAAUUGGAGGAUGAGGAGGUCGAUCGGGAGCGCGAAGAGCAAGCCAUCGAGCUCAAGGACGUCUUUGAGCCCUCUCAACUCAAAGAGAAGCUCCUCACCGACGAGGAUAACGACAUCCGCUUCACCGACGAGCCGGAACGUUUUCAACUCGACCGGAAGCCGUUUAAGCACCUUCAGAUCACGGCCGAGCAAUUUAAAGAGGAGGCCCGUUGGAUCGCGAAUCAUAUCUGGCCCAAGAAGAUGCUCCGCCCGGAUCUCCACGGCCCGUUCGUCAAGGCCAUCGGCAAGGUCCUCGAGUUCUUCGUCGUCGACGACGUUGAGGUUCCCUUCGUCUUCCAACAUCGCAAGGACUAUCUCAUCCAUACCAAGAAGGAGCGCAACGAGGCUCACGAUCGUGAGCCCGACGCUCCGGAAUACAUAAUCACCGCCGACAAGCUCCUUACGCAGGAUGACCUCUGGCGCAUCCUCGAGCUCGAUAUCAAGUUUCGGUCCCUCAUGGAAAAGCGCAACGCCCUGGAGAAGUCGUUCGACAAGCUGAGACUGGAAAUGAGCGUCGAGGACCACAUUCUGGCCGAGAUGAUCCCCCAGGCAGCCAACAUGGAAGAGCUGCAGGACCUCCAGGACUACAUGCACUUCCAGUACGGCGCGCAGUUGAAGGACCUGGCCUCGAUGAACGGCACUUCAAAACAGACAAAGCGACCCGGGUCCAAGGCGGCCCUGUACGAGAGAAUACGCAACAGCAAGGUCUACGACUUUGUCCGGGCCUACGGCAUCACCCCGGACCGGUUGGCCCAGAACGCGCUGCGCGAGGGCAGCAAGGUCUUCGCCGACGACGACAGCCAACUGCCCGACGAUCUCGCCGACGCACUUACCGACGGGGACUUUUCGACCGGAGACGCAGUCCUGCAAGCGGCGCGGCAGAUGUACGCCGAAGAGCUGUUUAUGAGUCCGCGGAUGCGAAAGCAUUUCAGGGGCAACUUCUACGAAAUGGGGGACAUCAGCUGCCGUCGUACCGAGAAGGGCUUGCGCAAAAUCGACGAGUCACACCCGUUCUUUGAGGUCAAGUACCUCGUAAACCAGUCCUUCUCCGACAUGGCCCGACGACCGCACUUGUUCCUUAAGAUGAUGAAGGCCGAGGAGGAAGGGCUCAUUGAGGUGCGCGUGACCAUGCAGAACGAAGACAGCUUCAAGCGCUCGCUACGACAAGAGUUCCUCUCCGACAACUACAGCGAGCUGGCGGAUCGGUGGAACGAAGAACGCCAGAAGGUCCUCGAUCUGGUCAUCCCACGCCUCCUCAAGAUUGUCGCCAAGGGUGUCAAGGAGUCGGUACGGACAGCAUGCCAGGAGGAGGUCUUGGCCACUUGCAGGGAAGAGUACUCCAAGAAGAUCGACCAAGCGCCGUACAAACCCAAGGGGAUGGUCCUGGGCACGACGCCCCGCGUCCUCACCCUCUCGACCGGCAUGGGCGACCCGGCCCGAGACACGACCUACUGGGCGUGGGUCGACGAAGACGGCCGUUUCAGCGACCACGGCAAGCUGGAGAGGCUUUCCCGGGACGACGCGUCCCGGCAGGAGUUUGUCGAUUUAGUGCAGCGGCGGAGACCGGACGUUAUCGGCGUGAGCGGGUGGACGGCCGAAGCGCACAAACUGGUCCGCGAUCUGCAGAACCUUGUAAGCGAGCAGGGGUUGAUGGGGCCCGAGUUUGAAGACCCCGAGACGGAGGAGUACCGGGCCGAGCUGCUCGACGUCAUCGUCGUCAACGACCAGGUGGCGCGGUUGUACAAGGACAGCCCGCGUGCGUUGGCCGAACACCCGACGCUCGUCUCGCUGACUCGGUACUGCAUCGCCUUGGCCCGGUUCAUGCAAAACCCGCUGAAGGAGUAUGCCGCGCUUGGCAAGGACGUCGCCUCUCUCGUGUUCCACCCUUGCCAGCAUCUCCUGCCCCAGGAUAAGCUGCUGAAGCAUCUCGAGUCAGCCAUGGUCGACAUGGUGAACCUAUGUGGUGUCGAGAUUAACGAAGCCGUCGGCGACGCCUACACGGCCAACCUGCUCCCAUACGUCGCGGGUCUGGGGCCCCGCAAGGCCACCAGCGUGCUCAAGGCCAUCGGCGCCAACGGUGGGUCGGUAACGAGCCGAGACGAACUGGUAGGAGACCCCGACAGUGGCAAGUUGCCCGUCGUCGGCCCCAGGGUCUGGAACAACUGCGCCAGCUUCCUGUACAUCGAGUACGAGGCAGCUAACCCUGCAUCGGAUCCCCUCGACAACACCCGCGUGCAUCCAGAGGAUUACGAGCUGGGUCGCAAAAUGGCAGCGGACGCGCUCGAGCUCGACGAAGAGGACGUCAAGGGGGAGACCGACCUCAACGGGCCUGGCGCCAUUGUGCGCAAGCUCUUCCGGGACGACGCGCAGGAGAAGGUUAACGAGCUCAUCCUGGAGGAGUACGCGCAGCAACUGGAGGACAAGUACAGUCAGAAGAAGCGGGCGACGUUGGAGACCAUCCGGGCCGAGCUUCAAGCCCCGUACGAAGAACUGCGGAGGAACUUCGUUGCGAUGACGCAGGACGAGGUCUUCACCAUGUUCACGGGCGAGACCAAACAAUCACUCGCGGAGGGCAUGAUCGUCCCUGUCAACGUCCGCGUGGUAAAGGACGAGUUUGCCAUCGUCAAGCUGGACUGCGGCAUCGAGGGCCGCAUCGACGCGCACGACGGGCCGAACGGCGAGAGCGUCCGGCACGUCCUUUCGACGGGGCAGACGGUUCAGGCGAAGAUUCUCGAGGUUAACAGCCAGACGUUCCUAGCCAAACUCUCCGCCCGGGAGAGAGAUAUCAAGGCCGGGUACCGGAGGCCCGUACUACACCCUAAGGGUCAGUGGGACGAGGCACUCGAAGCGGAGGAUCGAGACGAACUCCGGGAGAAGGACAAAACCACGGGACGGACGCAGCGCGUCAUCAACCACCGUCUCUUCAAGCCGUUCAAUGGCAUGGAGGCGGAGCAGUGGCUCGGGACGCAACCGGUCGGCGAGAUGGUGAUUCGGCCUUCGUCCAAGGGGAACGACCACCUGGCCAUCACGUGGAAGGUGGCGGACGGCGUGUUCCAACACGUCGACGUGCUCGAACUGCAGAAAGCGAACGACUUUUCCCUCGGCAAGCUGCUGCGUGUCGGCAGCAAGACCUUCAGGGAUAUCGAUGAACUGAUCCGAGAGUACAUCGAGGGCAUGGUCAGGAAGGUGGCCGAGAUGACACAGCAUGAGAAGUAUGAAAAUCGGUCACGGGCGGAUGUCGAGAAAUGGCUCACAACCUACGUGGAUGCCAACCCGAACCGCUCGGCAUACGCGUUCUGCAUCAACCCGAAGCAUCCGGGCUACUUCUGGCUGUGCUUCAAGGCGACCAAGACGGCGCGCAUCAAUGCCCUGUCCGUCAAGGUUAUGAACGAGGGCUACGAGUUGAUGAAGAACCGGUAUCCGGACAUGCGUGGUCUUUGCAACGGGUUCAAAAUUCUGUACUCGAAUGAGAUGUCGAGAUUGCAAAGGCAGCAACGCUAAGGCGGGGACGCAUUCGCGAGUCCUUUUUUUUUUCUUUUUUUUCUUUUUUCGGCAGAUAGGGGUCCGGAGGGAGAACGAGAGAACCGAAGCUAUG